AACUUGCACUGGAACAUCCAAAAGAUACCAGCUCUGCAAAGUACAAGAGUGCCCCGCGAACGGAAGGAGCUUUCGAGAGGAGCAGUGUUCAUCCUUUAACUCCCAUGUGUAUAAUGGAAGAACGUAUCAAUGGAAACCUUUAUACCCUGGUAACAAGACAUUCUUUGUGUGUUUCAUAAUGCUUAGCCAAAGUAUUUUGAUAGUUAUGAUGCUAUAGGCUGCAGGAAGGCUCCUCCUCUGCUGUUUUAAAGUGAUUUUUUUUUUCGGAGUCACAAUCAGCUGCCUCCCAGCUUCAAAGGAGGGUUUUCCAGCUGUGGGGUUACCUAAAAACAAAAUAACCAAAUCUAUUGGUGACCGUAUCCUUCAGCCUGUUUUGGUCACUGCUCCCAAGGAAGGCAGGCUGGAGGAUGAGGACGUGGGGUGAUGCCCUGUGCUGGCAGGGAGCAUCCACCUCACCCAGUGCCCGCUGAGCUGGGGCUGCUGCUGGCUGCAGUGUGUUCCUGUGACAUUUACUCACUCGCACACAAUGUGUGGGCUCUGCCAAAUGUCGCUAAGUUUGCUCGUCUGGGGUGAGCGACACAAAACUGCAGGAACAACUGAGGAGUCAGACUGGGGUAUAGAUGCUUCAAGUGUAUUUUUAGGCACCUAACUCCCACUGAAACCGAGCUUCCAGAAAAUCCCAGCCGCUUCCUGGGGAUAGUGGGAUUCCCCUGGGAACUUAGGUGUCUGAAAAUAGAGGGGAUCUAGCAGAUUUUUCUUACUCAGGUGUCUCUGUAAAUACCCAACUACAGUAAUGCUUCAUGACGUUCCUUGUUGCCUCCCUGCGAGUGAUGCCAGCCCCUGUCCGCAGCCCCUUGGCAGGGCUGUGUGCUGGGACAUGGUUAGCACUGCUCAGCCUUGUCCCGCUCCUAUGGCAAGGUGACAAUCUGUAUAAACGUACUCGCUCUUCAGGAUGAUGAUUCACCAGAAUAGUGACAGUGAAUUGUUUUGUUUUUUAGCAGGCGCUCACGUGUCUCCUGGGGGAUUGGCAGGAUAAUGUUUUGCCAUUGAUGCUGUCUUGGGCCAGUGGGUAUAUCGCUGCUCCCUCCUUGCGGAGUGCAACGCUUGGCACGGGGCUCUGCUGCAAGCAUGGAUUUGUCACUUGCUUCCUGUGGGUAUUGUAAAGCAUCUGCAGAAAGCAAGGGGCAAACUGAGCCCAGCUUGGGAGAAUGUCGAUGGGAAAGAUCUUGCGUUCGAAGCUGACGUGGUUUUUGAAUAGUCUUGUAUGUCUAUUUGUAACAACAGAUGCUUGUGCUGAUUUAAUGUAUGUAUUAAAUGUAGAUAUGUGAACGUGCAUAUGUGUAAUAUAUUGUGGCUGCAAGCCCUUGCACAGCACAGUGGCUGUGAUGCUGGUGGUACCUUUGCUAGCAGCAGGUGCGUCUCGUUCCAGCACUGGGGCUGUGCAAAGGCUUGCAGCAGCAGGCUGCCAGGAGCACAAUCUCCUGUCCAACCUGCAAGCACAAGAGAUUGUGGCUCCUGCAGCGCUGGCUGCUGUGCAAUUGUGUUGCUGCUGCUGUUGUUUAGCUUGGCAGAGAUUCAUUGACAUUGGUAGGAUGAAAGUUAUUGUGUUUCUGCUGUUUUGAAUGUAUCUCUAUAUCCUUUCCCCUUAGAUGACUAUGUUCACAUUUCUAGCAAGCCCUGUGACCUCCAUUGCACCACUGUGGAUGGUCAGAGACAAUUAAUGGUUCAGGCUCGGGAUGGAACAUCCUGCAAAUACACUGAUUUCCGAGGGGUUUGCGUGUCUGGAAAAUCCAAUUGGCUGCGAUGGCAUUCUCUUUUCCACCCACACCUUGGAUAAAUGCGGAGUUUGCCAAGGAGAUGGGAGCAGCUGCACUCAUGUGACGGGGAGUUACCGGAAAGGAAACGCUCACCUGGGCUAUUCCCUGGUAACGCACAUUCCUGCUGGAGCAAGGGAUAUCCAGAUAGUGGAACGGAAAAAAUCUGCAGAUGUUCUGGCUGUGGCUGAUGAAGCUGGGUACUAUUUCUUCAAUGGGAAUUACAAAGUUGACAGCCCAAAGAACUUCAACAUUGCAGGCACGGUGUUCAAGUACCGCCGGCCCAUGGACGUCUAUGAGACUGGCAUAGAGUACAUUGUCGCACAAGGACCCACAAACCAAGGAUUGAACAUAAUGGUCUGGAAUCAAAAUGGCAAAAAUCCAUCCAUCACAUUUGAAUACACUCUCUUGAGGAAGCCACACUCAAAUCUCCAGCCCAUCUACUACACCUUUUCUGAGUCAGAUAGCGAAGAAAGCAGAGAGUUUGAUGGAGACGUGCCAUUGGGCUUUAUCCAACACAACGCAACCUAUUUUGGGAAAAUCUCCAGGGAAAGGAUCGACUUGGAGAACCAGGUGUUUGGAAGACAGGACACGGAGGAAGAUUUAAACUUGAGCAAAGGUCAGGAAACCAAUGAGGUCUAUGAAAGAGCAGAAACAAUUGACUGUGAGCCAAAACUGAAGGGCAAACAACCCAAAGAUUCAAACGUAACCAGGUCUACUUACCAGACAGACCAUGACGACAGAGACUUUGACCCCAGGUUCACCUCCAGGGAAUUCCUUUCGGAGAAUGCCAUCACGGACAAGCUGCUGGACAAGGCCUCUGACUCAAAGGAGUUGGUGCUCAACAUGACCAUGAACAGCAUCUUUGCCCAGGGAGACCCAGUCAACUCCGUGGGGUCCCACAUUGACAGCCUCUACGUUGAUUACGAGGACACUGAUGGCAUUGUGACCUACACCGUCAAUGGCACCUACAUGGAGCUGAGCAAUGGCAAAGCCAUCAAUUCAUCUGCAGAGACACCAUUUUCAAAUGCCACUGUCACCAUGACCAGCUCUCAAGGGAACAGAACCCACAAAGCAAGAAACAGAUUGAAGUUGUUAAGAAAGGGCCAAGGUGUGAGUGCUGCUGACAUGUACAGGUGGAAGCUUUCCUCCCAUGAACCCUGCAGCUCUACAUGCACCACAGGAGUGAUGUCCACGUAUGCUAUGUGCGUCCGCUAUGAUGGGAUCGAAGUGGACGAUACGUACUGUGAUGCCAUGACCCGCCCCGAGCCCGUCCAUGAGUUCUGUGCUGGGAGAGAGUGCCAGCCAAGGUGGGAGACCAGCAGCUGGAGCGAGUGCUCCCGCACCUGCGGCGAGGGCUACCAGUUCCGCAUCGUGCGCUGCUGGAAGAUGAUCUCGCCGGGCUUCGACAGCUCUGUCUACAGCGACCUCUGCGAGUCGGCCGACAUCACCCGGCCCGACGAGCGCAAGGUCUGCAAGAACCCGGCCUGCGGGCCCCAGUGGGAGAUGUCCGAGUGGUCGGAGUGCUCUGCGCGGUGCGGCGAGCACAGCGUGGUGACGCGGGACAUCCGCUGCUCGGAGGAGGAGAAGCUGUGCGACGCCAGCGCCCGGCCCCUGGCUGAGAAGAACUGCACCGGGCCGCCCUGUGACCGCCAGUGGACUGUGUCCGACUGGGGACCGUGCAGCGGAGGCUGCGGGCAGGGCAGGAUGAUCCGGCACGUGUACUGCAAAACCAGCGAUGGACGCGUGGUGCCGGAGUCGCAGUGCAACCUGGAGACGAAGCCGCUGGCCAUCCACCCCUGCGGGGACAAGAACUGCCCAUCACACUGGUUGGCUCAGGACUGGGAGCGGUGCAACACCACGUGCGGCCGGGGUGUGAAGAAGAGGAUCGUGCUCUGCCUGGAGAUUGUCAAUGGCAAGAUCAAGACCCACAACCCCGCGGACUGCGACGUGGCCAAGAAGCCUGUGGAGGAGACGACGUGCUUCGAGCGGCCGUGCUUCAAGUGGUACACCACCCCCUGGUCGGAGCCCAGCACAGCCUCCUGCACUGGGGGGUUCUCACCUCACCUCACCCCACUCUGUGUUCCCCAGUGCACCAAAACCUGCGGCAUCGGUGUGAGGAUGCGGGAUGUCAAGUGCUACCAGGGGAAGGACAUUGUCCGCGGCUGCGACCCGCUGGUGAAGCCGGUGGGCAAGCAGACCUGCGACCUGCAGCCCUGCCCCACCGAGCCCCCAGACGACAGCUGCCAGGACCAGGCAGGAACCAACUGCGCUUUGGCCAUCAAAGUGAACCUGUGCAGCCACUGGUACUACAGCAAAGCCUGCUGCCGCUCCUGCCGCACGCCCCACUCCUAGUGGGGGGGGCUGGGGCCCCGGAGCCCCACAGGUGAGCGCUGGGGAUGCUCCUUUCCUCCGGCACGGCUUGCAUUCAGAGCUGCUGUACAUUGGUUAUCAGAGCUGUACAUAGGAUCGUGUAUAUUUGGUUUCCCCCAGCAGCAGACGUUCACGUGGUUUCACAAGGUCUUGUCCUUUGGUUUCUUUUGCCUAUGCAAGUUUGGGGUGGGCACGGACCCAUUGGAGUGAAAGCACCAGCGUGUUCCCUAGCGGGGCAGGGGGGGGGUGAGUGCCUCCUCCCUGAUUUAUCCCCAGUGUUUAACAUGGUGGGAAGCAGACUUUCAUUUGAUAAAUGAACUCAAGCCCAAGCCCUCUUUUGUAAUAUGUAGGUGUAUACUUUUUCAGAGGAUUUUAUAUCUCGUAACCAAAUGUUAGACCAUAGCCCUUACAGGAAAAAAAAAAAAAACCCUGUAAUGCUGACAUAUUGUAUAUAAUAUGGAAACAUAACUGCACUUUAUAUCACAAAAAAAGACGUGCUCUUUUUUAAUAUAUUUGUUUACAGACAGUGAACUUUAUCCACAUAAUCAUUAAUUUGUACUCAUAUGUAUAUUUUAAUAAAGUUGUCAUAUUUAUGGUGGUA